GGAAGAAGAGGAUUUCAGGGUGACUAUGAGGACUUGGACAGAAGAUUAGGCCACUGAAUAUCUCAUUCCAUCUCACAAAUGGAGAAGUCACAGUCUCUUGCAGGACAGAGGAAAAACAAACACACGCGGUCUGAUGAUUCGACAAAAACACAGGCAGGACAUUAUGGCAUCAGUUAUGCAGGAGAGUUUGACCUGUCAGAGGAAAAAUGUGAUGAUCCAUCUAAGUGGCUGUGGCAUUCAGCUGGUGUCUAAAAAGGGCCAUCUCUCACGCACACCUGCCCUCCAUCUGUUAUCAACACAUGCUGAGGAUUCUAUUCGCUUGACGCUCUCCUCUUCCUCCUCCUCCUCCUCUUCCUCCUCCUCCUCCUUCUCCUCUUCCUCCUCCAUGCAGGAUCAGGGUCGAUCUCCUGCUCAGGCCUCCGAGCGAGAAUCUGAGAAUCUCCCCCCGAGACGCCCUCUGAAACUCACUCCGCUAGAGCUCCCCUUAGAGGUGCAGCAGCAGAAGCUCAAAAUUGCUCAGGAAGCCAAAGAGACGUAUCUGAGAAAGGCCAAAGUUUGUUGGCGGGACGGCCCGGACAAGUCGCCAGAAUGCCCCCCGCUGAGUACCAUUACAGAGCCACACAAACCACUGCUACCUGUCAAUCAAGUCAAACUUGGUUCUGAUAGGCCAGCAGGGAAGGAGGCGGGGCAAACAGAAGGUGAUUCGACCGUCCGCUCAACACGUGCUCCCGAGAAAGUCUGCCAAUCAGAGAAUGGCAACAGCCAAUCAGCCGCUCCCGCUAAGAACCAGGAUGCAGUCAAGAGGCGUCUAAGACUGCGAAGAACCCAGAGACUAGAGGAGGAUCAAAGCAAAUCCAGCUCAUCAACAGGUGGAUUAUCUGCUAAUGAGAGCAAACUGGCCCCAGCCGGCCCUGCCAAGGGUCAGGGCGCUGCUGAGAAGGCCCUCCGAGACGCCAGCCGUGUGCUGGAAAAGGCAUCGUGGAGGAACCUGCGGGACCCUGGGACCGAGGCAGUGGGUAAAGUCGGGAGAAGGAUGGCUGUUAAUGACAUUCAGGAAGCCGUACUCUGACUCUUUGACCUGAAGAGGAAGUGCAGCACGUGGUGUUGGGGUUAGAGACUUGAACAUGGCAAUAGAUUCAUGUUUACAGAGGAUUUAGCCUCUUGGGUUUAGAUUGGAAAACAGCUCCGAUGAAGCCUGCAGUAAUGUCGAAAACAGCACAACAUUCCUGAUCCAAAUAUUGGUAUAUAAGGGAUUAUACUUUUUAUGAUCAUAAAAUAAACCCAGGCAGGGGGAUCAGGACAUUUACAAGAAAAUUGUUACACUACUAACUAAAUGAACAAAACCUGUCUUCUUUUAAACUAAAGAAAACAUCCAAAAUACACAAUUAAGUGUUUAUUUUAUUUAUUCAGUUUAUUUUUGACUCUAGAUUUCAAUUACAGUGCAUCUCUUUAGGGCUGUUUUUAAAAAAAAAACAUUCUAAUGCACUGAGCCAAAAUGUUCAGAUUUUGGUUAUGGGAAUGUAUGCAUAUUACUGCAUUUUUAAUUAAAUAAUGCCCCAUUUACGUAUUUAAACACAUAAUUUCAGAAAAGUUGUUGUAAUUUCUUUAAGUACUGUGAUUAAUUAACUGGGGAAAGGUGAUUAUAUCUGUUUGUUACCUUAUUCACCUGUGGUAUCUUGCCUUAAAAUAUUAUUUAGGUUUAAAUGAUUUUAUCAAGAAGAAAGAUGGAGUAGAGCAAAUCGGUCAAUUGUGAAGUUUUUAAUCAUUAUACACAAUUAUUUCCAGUGAAACAGAUUAUAAAAUGUAGUUUUUGCUACAAUGCUACAAUAAUUGAAAUGUUUUUGUUGUUGCAAACUAGAUAAAAAUAGAAUGUCCACUUUGACAGUCUAAGCACAGAAUUUGUCAAUACUGUUCAC